CGCCACGGCCGCCGGAUGGAGCCUGCGCCAGCCGCCGGCUCGGCCACUCGCCCCGCGGGCGGCGACCCAGGCCACGUCACUGGGUAUUGUCCCAUCACUCUUUGGGCUCUCCAGCCAAUCGGCGUCGCCCAUAGUAGCUGGCCACGGGAGGCUACGCCCCAGGGCUGCCAGGGCUCCACCCUAUACGGAGGUGGACGCGGCUGCGUCUCUCGUGUCCUAGAACCCCUUGAACCGCGGGCUGACCAGAGGGGAAGGAAAGUGAGGCAGAGCAGAGUUCGGCUUCAGACUCAGACCGCCGAAGGCAGUGGGCUCUGGGAGCUGAGCUCUUCAGCUAGAGCACGCGAUCCACACACGCCGGCCCAGCGGCGGCCACACGUGCGAAAAGACGGUUUCAGGGCCCCACUCCUCCAACCACUGCCCUGCCUUUCACGUGAGAAACGUGGAGAGACCAGGAAUUCAACUGGCAUUGGGAUUCUGGGACCCGUGCAACCAAACAGUGUGUUUGAUUUUCAGCACUGUCAGCCUGCAGGUACAGGAAGGCUGUGGCGCGCUCAGGAGUCAUCCCGCAGCACAGCCUUUGUAGCUGUCAUCGCCACCAUGACAUCACAGGGCAGCAGCCACUCAGGCGCCCCACUCACUUGCUGCAGGCUGCAGGCGGCCCCUCGUCCCGAUCAACCUCAGCCCCAAAUAGCAAGCCUCCUCUUUCAAGACAAGAGACGGACUGAGGAACCGUAUCUGCAACAUACGUAACAAGGUAACAAGGACUAACAGUCCUAAUUAUACGACAAGUAAAGUAUCUGGGGGAGGCAGUUACCUAGUAUCUGUUAACAUUUUAAAUGCCCAGAGGUUUUGACCUGGCAGUUCCACUCAGAAGUAAUUGAUCAUCCUAGAGGGGGAUUGAUGCAUGUCCAAAGCUGGUAGUUGCAGUGUUACUAUUAAUAGCAAAAAAUAAAAAGAAAGAAAAAGUACAUCAAUUGGGGACUCAUUACAUAAAUUACACUACACGUACUCUUAUCAAAUACCGGGCAGCCAGAGAAGAAAUGAGCUAGACGUUUGUGUACUGACGUGGAGGGAUUUCGAAGAUACCUUGCUUAGUUAAUCACAAAUGUGUAGAGCCUUAUGUUUUUUUAAAACCGUGUGAGUAUGUUGGUGAUCACAUAGAAGGAUACAGCUAGAAGAGAGAAAAUUGUUAACGAUCUUGCUUCAAAUAAUGUUGUUUUCUAAAAAAUUCCAAUCGUGUGUUUUAAAAACGUGCAGGGUGGUCAUGUAAAAUGUACGGCCACUGUGGAAGGCAAUUUGGCAGUUUCUUUUAAAGCUAAACAUCCACCUCCGUAGAACCCAGCAGUGGCACUCUUGGGCAUUUAUACCAAAGAAAGGGAAACUUACGAUCGCACAAAAAACCUGUACAUGAAUCUUCGGAACGGGUUUAUUUGUAGACACCGAAAACUGGGAAGAAACAGUGCGUCCUUCCGUAGGUGAAUGCUUAACAGACUGGUUGAUCUACACCAAGGACUAUAGCUAGCAAUACAGAGGAAGAACUAGCUAUCCAUGCAGGCGACAACUUGGAUGGCUCACAAGCGCGUUAUGUGAGUGAAAAAAAUAAAAAGCCCAUCCCAGGUUA